AUGUCGUCCUUUGAUCCUGAUCGUUACAUGCUUGGCAAUGCCGGAGCGCGUCGCCUGGGGCUUUUACUUGGGCAGAGUGAUCCUGUAACGGGAAUCACAGAAAUCCAGCAACGCUAUCAAGUAAAGGUCGAAAACAUUGAGAACGUAUAUCCAUUACUCGAAUUAAGUGGCAUGUCAAGAUUCAAUAUUCAUGUAGGUAUUUUGGAAGCACUAAGGAACAAGUUUAUACAAGCUAUCGAAACAGAACAUUGGGAUCAUGACAAAUUCACCAAAUUCUUGUCAAAGUCCAUGGGGUACUUAUUUAUUAAAGAGUUUCGCCCCGUUGUUCUUGCACUUCUUAAGAAGUACCCUGAGCGUGUAACAAAAGAUAUUUAUGAAAUGUUGGCACAAGAACCGAACAUUAUACAUGAGGCUCCGAUUGAGAUCAAAAGAGGUUUAUAUGAACGCAACAAAAAAAUGUUCAAGGUAUCUAUUCAAGCACAAAUUGUUGGUUAUUUUAAAGACCAGGCUUUGGGUAUGCAGGCACGAGAAAUGAGGGGAAUUGGUGUUAAUGAUGUUUUAGAUCGAAGGAUAAAUGCUGCUGGACUACAAUAUAUUAUCAAUUUGGUUCAUGAAAACUCGGUCCUUUUUGCUGAAUUGCAAAACAUAGUUAGAGAAUGGUAUAAAGAAUAUGGACUCUCAAAACUUUGUUCAUUUCGAUUUGAUUUCUUUAUGGGCAUGCAAAAAGCUGGAAGAAUUCAUAUGUGUAAACAGGACCAUUCUUACAAUAUAAUUUGGUAUAUUAAUGGAGGGAUAAGGAAAGGUUUGGAUGCAACUGCGGUCGGCAGCAUAAACACUUAUUUGGCCGAAUAUAGGAAAUCUGGCUCUAGAGAAUUUUCAGAUAUCGCAAUGAUAUUCCAGGACCCUAUCGUAUAUAAUGUUUUCUCCGCUCGUAUUGUCGAUGCUUUAAAAAAAUAUAUUUCUGAAUACUUUAAAAAGAAUACAGAUAAAACAGCUGAGGAAAAAAAUAUUCAAAAAACCGUCACCGCAGCUUUAGCCACAUUAUUGAAAGAAAAGGAAUCGACUGUUAGAUGGUUAUCUUCAAUGGUUACUUUUGGCAGUUAUGCACAUAACAUGUUGAUCACCAAAAAUUAUAAUGUGCCAGAAGUGGAAGAAGACAUUUACGCUAUAUAUUAUAAAAAACUAUUAUAUUGGAUGUAUGAUGAUAAAAUAAGAGAACUAAAAACGCGUCAAACAAUGGCACAUUUAAGCAUAGAUGACGAUCAAGAUGUGCCAAAUACCAUUAGCACAGUGCUCGCAUUUGGAGAUAUUGAGCUUCGUAUGUUGAAAAAAAUAGAUUUAGCAAGAAAGGUCUUUUGUCAUUAUAUGCUAGAUCGUUGUGAAAAGAGUGACAUCAUAGCUUUACGACGUGCGCUGCAUUACUUCAAAAUGACUAUGCCAACAAAUGACUUAGAUACCUUACAUGUUGAAGUUUAUGAAUCUACGUUCCAGUCACUUAUUACGUUACUUAUCAAGCAUCAUCGUAUUCGCAUACUUUCUUCUGAGAAAUGGCGAGGUGUCAUCAGAAUGUUAAUUACUACACCAUGGAAAUUAACAAUACAUGAAAUGGUGAUCAAACUUUUGAUAGAAUUUUAUAAUGAAGAUGUCAGUGCAACAUUAGAAAAUUCUGGUAGCGUGGAAAAACUGAAGCAAGUAAGAGAAUGGAGCGAGAUUGCUGCAAGUCACUAUUCUCAACUUGGCAUAAACCGAAAUGAUCGUACAAAGAUCUAUUAUUGUUAUAAUUUACUCGUAAACAAAUCUAAUCAAUGUUUAAAUGGGUUGUGGUGUAUUAAGCAGGAGAUAUGCCCUACUGUUUGGGAUUUAGGUAUCGAACAUGGUUCAGCAACAUCGCAUGAAGAUUCACAUACGGUCCCAAUGGAAUUUUAA